AUGGCGCGCUGUCUGCGCGCCGCCGCCACCGCCGCAUUCUACGAACGUUACGUCUUCGCCACUGUCAACAUGGACGAGAGCCUCGUAUCUGCGAGAAUCCUCGAGGGACUAACCUUUCCCUUCCCGACCCCGUCUCUGUCCUCGUCCACGCCUACGCCCCCGCUCACCCCCGUCUCUUUCCCCUGCGCCACCACGAUGUCGGCCGCGGAGGCGUUCUGCUCCACCAACGCCCCCACGCCCACGCUGCCUGAUAACGCUCCAAGCAUCGUGACCGUCUGA